UUAUUAGAACAAUUCAAUGAUGCUACUAUUGAACUUUCAUCACAAACUUAUCCAACAAUUGCACAUACACAAAUAAUUUUAUUAGCUCUUAGAAAUGAUUUAGAACUUGAUAAGGGUGAAAACUAUCAAUUACAAAAUAUUGUUGAUGCUAUGAUAUAUAAAUAUAUUGAAUAUUUCAAUUUAAUAACAGAAUCUUUACACAUUUCUGCUUUUUUAGAUCCUAGAUAUAAAAAGUAUUGUUUUCCUAACAUGUCCAUUGAAGAAAUUUUAACACCAAUUAGAAAAAAAAUAAAUUUACAAUCAACUUUAUUACCACCACCUAAAAAAGCAUCAAGUUUUUAUCAAAAAUUACUACAUUCAUCACAACAAGUACAAACAAUAGAUGAUGAAGUUCAAAAAUAUUGGUCUAAUGCAGAAGCAAAUGAAUCUAUAAAACUUUUGGAUUGGUGGA